AUGAUUGCAUCUACAAACACAGACACCACUAAUCAAAGUAACAAUACCUCUUCAAGGGUAACCUCGCUAAAAAUCUACAUACCAUCUGAAACUCUCGAAACUAAAUCAUGGGAUAAUUUGCCACCUCUAAACAAUGCUCGAACACCUUUACCCUUUCCUCCUCCUCUGAGUAGGGGAAUGUUUGCUUCUGCCGAGUUUAGUAGCGAUGAGUUUCUAGCAAACAGACGUCACCUAACACUAGAAGAAUUAAAGAAAGAGCUUACGGCACAUCUUAAAAGUUUAAAAAGUGAGCUCGUGGAAUUGAUUAAUAGAGACUAUGCGAGCUUUAUUGAUUUAUCAACGAACCUAAAAGGCGUUGAUAAAGCAAUCGACGAGAUUUCAAAGCCAUUGGGCAAAAUGAGAGAAGAAGUUCAGAAUGUUCGAAACACUCUUCAAGGAGUUGUAGACUCGUUAGAAAAUCAAUUAGCACACCGAGCAUCAAUACGUGAAAAGAAGGCAUCUCUACAACUACUAAUAAAUAUUCACGAAUCUGUUCGUAAAGUUGAAAAAUUAUUGCUUAUAAGUAGUGAGGAAAAUAGUUCUUCUAUUACUUCGAAAGUCGAUAGUGAUAGUAAUGCUAAACAGAUUGAACGGGUAGCAAUUGAAUAUAAUCAAAUGCAAUAUCUAGUUAGUAAAGGGAAAGGUUUACCUUUUGUAGAAAAUAUAGACUGGAGAAUCGUUAGAAUAAAGGAUACACUUCGUACGAAUCUUUCGUCAGAACUUCGAUCAGCUUUACAAAUUGCCAAAAAUCAAUCACAGGAUGGUACAUCUAAAGAAACUUUAACACAGAUUUUAAGAACAUAUGCACUCAUUGACCAUACAAAAGCAGCAGAACAAGUAAUUAAAGAAGAAUUAGUAGCUCCAUUCAUAAAAGAGACAGUUGUUCGCCAAGCCCUUGAAAAUCCAUCAAGUCAAAUUCAAUCAAAAUAUCUAUUAAGUUCAAAAAAUUCAUCGUCAUCUUUACCACAUUCACCAAUAAGGAAAUCUUCAAAAUCAUAUUCAUUCCCUGCAUAUUCCAAAGAACCGUUAACUUUAAUGUACAAUAAAAUAUUAAAUUUUAUAAUUAACGAUUGUUCCAUUCUCCUUGAGAUCACAAAAAAGGUAUUGAGUGGUACCAGUUUUGAAAUUUUGAUCGAUUCUAUUUGGACAGAGGUGGUAGAAUCAAUAACCAAAAGAUUAUCCAUAAUCUUUAAUCCUGGAAAUCCGAAUAUUUUUCAUAAGUAUGUGUUCUUCCAAAAAAUCAUUGCUAUAUUUACAUUCAAAGAAAUUUCGAUGCAAAUUGAAGAAGUGCUAGCUCCGGGGCUAGAAAUACCCAGUGAUGGAAUAAAUGAAUCACAAUAUUCUCCUUCAUUGAAACUUCCAGCAAGCAAAUCUAUCAUGUUGACAAUUGAGCGUUGCUGGUCAGACAAUAUAUUUAUAUAUGGUUUAUCACAUCGUUUCUGGAAAUUAACAUUACAGACAACAACUUCACCAGCUUUACAUCCGGUAAAUAGUUCUAAUUACAGUAAGGGAAGUGGUGGAGUUUCUGUAAGCAAUUCUACAAACGUGAAUUUAUUCGAUGAACAAAUAUUAAGGAAAUUGACUGUAGUGGCACAUGAUAUUGAAAAUAUUACGAUAAUGAUUAGAGAAAAUUUUCGAGACAAUAUUAUCAUCAAAUUACCAGAAUCUAUGGUUGAUCAACCAAUUAUAGAAGAAAGUAUUAAUAGCUCAUUGAAUUCAAUGGAACCAGACCUUUCAAAUAUUAGUCAGAAAGUUUCCUUGAUUCUUAUAAAAAGAUGUACAGAGAACCUAAAACAGCGCGUUCUUAGCAUCACCACAUUUUAUCGUCAACCUAAUGCAAAGCCUCCAACUGAACCUUCAUAUUUUGUUCCACAUAUUACGAAACCAUUAACGAUUUUUUGUAAUGCUAAUAAAUCGAUACUCAGUGAAAAAAGAAAAAAAGAAUGGAAUGCAAUUAUAUGUGAUGGUGUUGCUGUAAGGUAUUAUAACAUUGUUUUUGAACAUUUGACCAUAUUGAAAAAAACGGAAGAAAGUUCAAAAAUCAUGAAACGUGUAAAAAAAGGUAAAACCACAAGAAGUUUUGCUUCUUCACUGAUGGGAAUUGCAAAUGAAAAUGCAAUGUCUUCUGAUGACUCUUUGACUAUGAGUGACGAAGAUAAAAUAAGAUUGCAAAUAUUAUUGGAUGUUAAACAAUUCGGAAAAGAGCUUUCCAAUUUUGGAAUUAAUCCAGAAGAAAUUAAAGGGUAUAUUGAAUUAUAUAAAGUUGUCGAAAAUUUUGGUAUGUCAAUUAAUUGA